GCUAUCUCGGUAAUAGCACAACAUCUUUGUGGCGUAUAUCGGAUAAACAUUUGUCGUGUUAUUUUGUUGUUGCUUGCUAGUUGGAAAUCUAAACGCGGUUUGUUUCUUUGUAUUAUGGACACGGCAUAUGAAGUGGCUGAUAUUUAUUAGGAAGCAAAGUUUUGCUAGCAGGGAUAGCCGUCGCUCUCCUCCUGGCCCCUCUUCAGCGAAGGGGAAAUUCAUCUUGUCCUUUUCCUGUAGCUUAGGAUAUUACAUAAUGUGGCAGUAAGCUGUGGUUUAGCCUAAUUUUAGUCUGUUUUUGAGGAACAACACGCCUUUAUCUCAGACGACGGUAUUAACAUUUGCUAAGAGGAGUAGUAUUCCAAUAUGGGAAUCAGCAGGAUAUACAUUAGCAUAGGAUAUGCUACCUUUGGUACUGUGGUUGGACUUUCGGCUUUCUUGGCCUGGAAUAUCGCCUUUAAACAGCCAUGGACGGCGGCUAUGGGAGGCCUGUCAGGAGUUUUAGCGCUCUGGACUCUCGUCACACACAUCAUGUACCGUCAGGACUAUUGGCGAACCUGGCUCAAGGGUCUCAAAUUCUUCAUCGUUGUUGGUGUGCUCUUCUCAGUUUUGGCCGUGGCAGCCUUCAUUACCUUCCUAACUCUGGCCAUUACACGGAAGCAAUCUAUUCUUGACCCGAGGAGCUUCUACCUCUCCUGUGUGUGGAGCUUUCUGACCCUCAAAUGGUCUUUCCUCUUGGCCUUGUACUCAUACAGAUACCGUCAGGAGUUUGCGGACAUCAGCAUCCUUAGUGAUUUUUAGUCGGUACUCAUUUUAAAGACUUUGAUGGACUUGAUGAGGUUUUAGGUUGCCAGCAGGAGCUGGACAAUGAGCUUUUAUAACAAAAGGAAAAGCAGACAUGACUAGAUUUAAAAAAAAAAAAAAAAAAACGGUCAUCUGACUUUUACCACAUGGACCUGUACUUGCUUAUCAAGCUCUGUAUGCAUUGUAACCUGUUCUCCCACUUUUAAUGAGCUACAUGUUACAGCUCUGUAGUAAGUCUAAACUUCUGAAAACAUCAGCUUCUUUUGAUUGGAUUGCUGAAGGACAUUUACAGAGACGUGCAGGUGGUUUCAAAUACAGCUACACCCUUGGAUUGUUUCAUCUUUAAACAAGGAAAUCCCCACCAUAACAUGCUUUUAAUCCAGUGAUUAGAGUUUCAAAUGAAAGUGAAAAUACUCAACGGCAAAAUCCAAUCCAGUCCAAACCAAAACUAAAACCACUUACCUUAAACGUUAUACUAGCUUGACAGCGAGUGAUUGUUUUCAUCCAAAAUUAGCUCAUAUCUCCUCAUAGUCACUGACUCAAUGUUUGAGAAGUGUUUCAGCAUCCAUUAUAGUCCAGGAUAUGUUAGACAAUACCAAUACCACUAAAAUUCAGUUAUUCUGCUGCACUAUUCUGCUGUCGCUAUGAGCGCUCGUUAUGUUAGCCUAAACAUGUAGUAUCACGAUUAAACAUUAUGUGUGAAGCAUCACUACAAACAGAUAAGGCUGUUGCAGUUCACUAACAAAAAUGGCAACACUGUUGACGGCAUUUUGUUCAUAUAAAUGUUCACCUUCACUUCAGAGUACAGGUGCGAAUGUCUGUCUUGGAGGAGUUAAACACAUUUUAUGUGCAUCCUCCUUUUUGUUUGUGCGGGACUGUUUUUAUUUUGACUCAUGCAAAAGAGCUCCAUUCACAUCUCUCUAUUUUUUCCUUACAAGUACAAUGUACAUGUUGAUACAGGUGUACCUGCUGCCACCCUUCCACAUGCUGACGCUCCCGUAUCUCCAGCACAUUUUCCUGCUGUUGGCAUUACUGACAAACAAUACCCCUGGCUUUUUCAGAAUUUUUGUUUGGACUCAGUAGCUUAAAAAGUAUUGGCUCUCAUAAUGUCCCUAUCAUUAUCAGCUCAUUUAUUAAACAAUGUUGUUGGACAUUUGCCUGCAGAUACAGAGUUGCACUCUGAAGCUUUCUUUCAUGUGAAAUGUUCGGAUAAGAGCCUUCGUUCUUCAGUAAGAAAGGAAGAAGCGCUUACUGUUCUGUUAUUCUUGAAGGUGAUGCCUUCCUGUGAAAUUUGUGCUUUUCAUUUUUUGUUCCACCAGAGGGAGACUUGCAUUUUCUGUCCAAAGGCUGUCUGAAUAUUCUGACAUUCCUCUUUUAGAGAAAACACAAAUGGAUCUACUAAAUAAUUGCACUUUAGUCUAUGAUAUUGAUGCCAUUGUUUUGCACACAGAUUCUGAUACAAUGGGACAAAAUCAUGUUUUACACAUUGUCACAUUGUCACCCUUUUAUGGCUAAAAGAUGCUAUUAUCGAUUUUUGCAGUUAGCUGUGUUAGUUGUAUAAGUCUGAUUAAACUGGUCUGCAAUUGCUUUAGUGCCAGCUGUAGCUUAUGUCUACCCCUUUCCCAUAAAACAUGUCAAGCUGUAUUUUAGUUCAUGUAUUUUUGGUUGAUGUGUAUGAAUGUGAGGAUGCUACAUGUAAAUAGAAAGUGAACCAAUUAAAAUGCAUUUAUUGAUAACUA